AUGUUAAAGAUUAGAGAGACCAAGUCUUUCAUCAACAGCUUAUUUUUAUUGACACCAGCUACAAACAGACCAAGGCAAUGGCAGCCCGUGAGCAAACCCCGCGGCAGUGACCAGCUACGGUACCGCGCUCCGGCCGCGGGGAGCGGGCCUGCCCGGGCCCUGCCGGAGCUCCCGCCGCCGCCGCCUCCCGGUUCCCGGAGCGUGGAUCCUCCUCCCGGUUCCCGGAGCGUGGAUCCUCCUCCCCGCCGCCUCCUCCCGGUUCCCGGAGCGUGGAUCCUCCUCCCCGCCGCCUCCUCCCGGUUCCCGGAGCGUGGAUCCUCCUCCCCACCGCCUCCUCCCGGCUCCUGGAGCGUGGAUUCUCCUCAUUGGCCGGGGGCGCUCCCGCCCCAUCCCGCUCCAAGCCGCCGGGGACCCCGCCGCUCCCGGCCACCCUCAGACCCUACGGCCGCCGCUGCCUGCCCUCGUCGUCCAUUCGCUGCCCCUCCCUCACGCUGUAUCCUUUCCAAUCUUCCCAGCCCUCACCUCUCAACCUCCAGGACUUUCUUCUCCUUCCACCCCCUUUCCAGCCACUCCCACUCCAUAUUCGCUCUUUUGCACCUGUUUCCUCUGCUCCUCCUCCUCCUUCCUCAAUGCCGCCUCGAAGUCUCCACGCUCUGUCUGUGAGCAGAUGAGUUUGUUUGCCUGUGAAAACAUCUGUUGAGCAUCUCUGUUGCACAGCUAAUAACCAGAUCUAUCAGUUUCUCCUUCCAAGCCUCAGUGCCAAGAGCAUUUCAAGGGAAAACAGGGCUUAGCCAGAAAAGUCCCUGGCUGCUGAAUUAUACCCUAGGAUCUAGGCAUGCCAAAGUAAGAGCUUUAUGUGCUGGAGCUAAAGCUGCCUGCUCUUUCUGAGACGAGGGAACAAAUGUACAAUAAACAUAUUUUUAGCCUGGUUAUUUAUCUCUUGUAAUAUUGUACUUCCCCCUCCCCAUUUUCUUUUUGACUGUCUGAUCCAUUUGUUAUUGUAGUUGCUAAAAUGAUGGAAACAGACUGAACAGAAUUCAGUGAGAACACUGUCAUAUUGCUGCAUGUUUGUUUCCUUCCUUCCUGCCUAUCCCUAACAAGCAAAAAAUACUCUGAAUCUGUUCAUACGCCUUUCUUAAUUCAGGCUCCUUUUGUUCUCAAAUACUGUAGAUACCCAGAGCUGUUUAGUUCAAAUUGUGUAUACUUUGGCAUGCUAUUGAAACUCUUUUGUCAUGGAUCUACUUUUUCCUCUAAACCAUUAAAAAGUGCAAAUCUGAAUUAAUGCUGUAAAAUUCACCACUAUCUGUGUUUCCAGGGUGUGGGUUUUAUUUGCUUGCCUUGUUAUAAAAAAUACUGGAGUCUUCAGUCUCUCUCUCUCUCUCUUUAUAUAUAUAUAUAUAUAUAUGAAGAUUAAUGUCUGGUAUAAUUUCUUUUUAUUUUAAACCUUAUAUUAAGCAGUUUUUUCUGAAUCAUUUUGAUAUCAUCUAAGAUAUUAGUACUCCCUAGAAGAAAUGUAAGAGCUCUCUUUUUGCCUGUAAGGUGUUGCCUGUAAGCUGACCUGUUGGGUCAGCUACCUGUGGGUAGGGUGGGAGUAGCAUGAGAGUUGCUAGAAUUGUAAAGAAAAAUCUGGAGAUAAACUAAUGCUGCAGUUACUAAGGCGUCAAGCUUGCGCAGUGCCUAUUAGUUAAUUCCACUAGCACAGGGAAAAGGACUGAGAUUUUGGGUAUACCUGAGCCCUCUUACUUUUUUUACUUCAAGUCUGAACACUGGCUUAUGAGCUUAAAAUCUUUCUUUCCCCUCUAUUAGAGGCCACUGUCGUAAAGCCCUUUCCUCCAUAGUUAAUCCAAGAUGCUGCCUCUUUUCAAACGCUGCCUGCUUCCAUAUCCAUAGUGCCCAAACCAGUGUUAACACUGCAAGCCGCGUGGCGGCCCUUAAUCAGUUUGCUUUGGAAGGUACUUGACAUCCACCG